GAGCCCGAGCCCGAGCCCGAGUCCGAGUCCGAGUCGAGCAACGAGACAACGCGACGCCGAUCGUCUCAGAGUCGGACAAACUGGAGUCGUGUGGAACCCGGCGACGUAGACAACGGAGCAUUUCGCUUCGGCUGCAGCCGGCAACGCGGCAACUUCUUGAGCAGUCUGUACAUCGCUGUCAAACUGUGCUACCUCAUCAACAUUAUCGGUCAGCUGUACCUGAUGCAGGUGUUUCUCGGCACCGAGUACGACUCUUCAUCGUACGGUCUGCUGGUCCUGAUUGAUCUGCUUCGCGGUCGCCAGUGGCGCCAGUCUGGCCAUUUUCCAAGAGUCACUUUCUGCGAUUUGGAAUCAAAAAAGUUGGGCAACAAUCACAUCCAACUUCUCUUUUUGCUUAAGACAGUCUUGGCAACCCAACUUUUCCUGAAAUGUCUCUUUCUCCACUUGCAACUCUUGCCUCUGCUCAGCUUCACAAUGCAGUGCGUGCUUCCGUUGAACAUGUUUCUGGAGAAGAUCUACAUUUUCCUCUGGUUUUGGCACUGCACCAUCGGUCUGAUCACCCUCGUCAGCCUAUUCGCCUGGCUCCGCCGCAUGUACUGGCCCGAUUCGCGUGUUCUCUUCGUCCGAAAGUAUCUCAGCCUCCUCGGGCCGCCACGAUUUCCCUCGCGCCUCUUCGAGUGGUCCGCCACCAGCACCUUCACCGACGCCUACCUCACCGUGGACGGUGUCUUCUUGAUCCGGCUCAUCUCCAUCAACUGCGGCGAACUGUUGGCCGGCGACUUGGUCUGCGAACUCUGGACGGCCUACAGCCUCCGUCUGUUCGGCUUGUCGCCAAAGGUCAUUUCAUGUCCCCAUUGCAGUCUCCAAUCCGCCAGCCCCACUCGGAUCGGCCCACUUGCCCUCCGAAGAGGUACCACAACCUGUAGAUCCGACGCAGAACUCGUCGCCCGGCAACGCCUCAUGACGACCACAUGGCCGACCUAUUCACCGCACAUGAUGAUGAUGAUGAUGCCGACGUCUGUGGGUCAUCCUCCCGCCUGUUGCCAGCCUCGAUUGUCCUGUCGACAGCCAGCCGAUAUGCCGUUGCCAUGGACACAAGACCGAAGUGAGGCUGGCGGUCUCGUCCAGUGGGACAGACUGACCGGUCAGUCUGUGCUGUCCGUCUGUCCGACGUCUCGGCCGACCAUUCAACCACAUUUUAGUACUAACCUCGAGCAUCGGCCACCACCACCACCGCCACCGCCACCGCCACCG